UCACUAGAAUUUUAUCCAAAAGAAAAACAGACAGGCUGCAAAACUCCAUUGACAGGAUAAGUAAGUUAGUAUGAUGAACAACAACAAUGGUGGUGUGAUCUUAAAGGCCGCCAAUAAUAAUAGUCUUCUGUUCCAAAUCCCUCCUCUCCUUCAUUCCAACAAAACCCACCACCAUUCUUUUUUCUCAAUCAAACUUCUUCCCAGAUUACCAUCCUUUCAUCUCAAAUUACCAUCUUCUUCUCCUUCUGUGUUUGCCUCUACAAAAGGGAAAACCAACACCCCUUUUGAUGAUUCCGAUUUCGAAGAAGAUGAUGAAGAAGAAGAUGAUGUUAUUGUUCCAUUGAGGAACAUGAGACAGUGGGUCAGAAACAAACCAUUGGGUUUUGGUGAAGGGAAAGUUUAUGAUACAAGUGUGGAGGAUAAGUUAUUGCAAGAAUUGGAGCAGAGUAAAGUUGCUCAGAUUGCAAAUCUCAAUAACCUCAAGAAACUCAAUUCCAACGAUGAAAAUCAGCUUCCAAAACAAAAAGUUCCUCAGGUGGUUCCAAAUGGAACUCGAGUACGGUUGAUUAACCUUCCUAAGAAAAAGAACAUUCAUAGGGACCUGCAAUCGGCUUUUAAACCGUUUACUGGAAUUAUCAACAUAAUACCAGCUGUUACAGGGAAUGAAAAAACCAGGGAACCUGUUUGUAAAGGCUCCGCCUUUGUUGAUUUCAAAUCCGAGGAGGAGGCAAACAGAUUUGUCGACACGUUCUCAACACAGCCCAUCACAUUUGGUAAGGUUCAGAAACAAAUCAGAUGUGAAAUAAUCAAACCGAGCCUUCCAAAUCCAGUAUCUGCUAAACCACCCGCACAAAUAAGAGAAAAACCUCUUCCAGUUUCGAAUCCCACCUUGGCCGUCAACUCAAGUACUAGUAAUGAAAUACGUCUUGAUCCAUAUGUUGAAGAUGGUGCUUUUGAUAAGUUCAAGAAUGGUGAUGACGACCUUGUAUCAGCAACAGAUGAGUACAACCUCAAGACUUUUGGAAAUAUUGAUAAUGUGGUUCAAGAGAAAAAUGAACUUGAAGCUGGUUCAGAGUCAUCAAAGAAACAAUUGAAAGUUACAGUAAAGCGGAAGAAGGCAGUGACGGGUAAAAAGAAAGCAGAGAAUACACCAAAAUUGAACAUUCCUGGAUCUGCCAACAGGUUAAAGAUGAAGGAAAAGGCUCUACUUUCUGGUGUUUUUUCAAAGUAUGGUGGCGAUUCUGCCAUGGCUGCCAAAGGAACAGAUUAACUUGAGUGACUGAAAGAUUUUGUUGGUUGUUUUUGCUUGAUGUAGAAGAAUGAGAAUAUUGGUGAUAGUAGUAAAGUUAGAUAGUUUGAUCUUCCAUCCUUUUCAUUGAUUAUUGACGUUAGUGCUUGAAUCUUUGUUUAGAGUGGAGCUUGAGUCACAAUGGGUGUGUGAGAAUACCGGUUGGGUUGGGGUUGGUCUUGUGCAACAAGCUUGAGAUUGACCUAAGCGCUAGUUCUGACAGAUUAUCAUCGUUAUUUAUAUAAGUGGAUGACAUCUCCCUGUACAACUUUCUACAAUUGUGUUAUUUGAAGAUUUAAAUUGAAUACUAUUGUAAGAAUAUUCGGAUUGUAAUCACAGGUAAUGCAUUAGUGGUUUAAAAUGAUUAAAA